GUAUCAAGUACUUUCUUUCUGAAAUAAAAACACUCUUAGAAUAGCUUCUCACCCUUUUUAACAAGGAAAUAACCGUCAGAGAGAUGUAUUACAGUGUGCUGGUGCUGUUACUACUGUACAGCUCUGCCUCUAGUUUAUUUCAGACUUCCCCCGUUGAGGAAAGGCUUUUGAAAUAUGUAGCAGAACCUUCAGUGUUGGGGGAGUUGAGGCAGCAUGUAGCUUAAGUGGCUUGUUGAAGGCCAUGGGAAUUGGAUCAGUGUCUUACGCUUUUGGUCCUUAGUAGUAGAAAAUAGAAAUAUGUAGUGUAGAAAAUAAUUCCUGAAAUAAUAAAAUAGCUUUUAAGAUAUUCUUGGGAGAUAAAUAAGAGUACUUUCAUUUAUUCAGUUAAUAAUUAAAACUGUGUUUGUAAAGAGAAAAAGUUUAGAUCAGUUGAUUGAGGUAUUUUUAAUGAAAAAGUUGCCUUUAUUUUGAAGACAGUAAAAUAACUGCUAAUAACAGAGUAUUGUUAAUUUGCCCCUGCCUUUCUAGCUAAACUGAUAGUGCAUGCUUUUUCAAUGAACUGGAAAGGCUUCAGAGGGGGCUCCUGAAUAAUUAAACAACAAACAAUAUAAACCAAGUCUUCGUAGUCUAGAAGCACGUUUGGAAGAGUUAACGAGAGCAACCAAAGUAGAUCUUGCAGAGAAAGAACUGAGAAAUCUAGGAAAAUAACUGGGGGUGGAAGCAGUCUGCUGCACAGUGGCUGACCUGACUGCAUGGCAAUUCCUUUUAUGAAAAGCUUUCUUUUAACAGUAGUAAAAUGCACUGUGUCUAAGGCUUAACAGGGCUCACACUUUUCUCUGUCUUCACACCACUGGCAGCUUUAACCAGCCUUACUUCUACUCAAACAGAAAUUCGUCGAGGCAAAGUCCUCUGUGCUGCUCAGCAGAAGUUACAGCAGCCCUGAAACAGAAGGACAGCUUUUGAAUUCCUUUGUCCAGUAUUUUGGUGACAGUCUUGGGAGGAAGAUUAAAAGAAUGCCUUUAAUUGAAGAAACUGUUCUGCCUGGAGAUUCCCUCCUUACUCUGCCUGUAGUAAUAAUAGGAAAUGGACCUUCGGGAAUUUGUCUUUCUUACCUGCUCUCUGGAUACAGGCCAUAUUUAUCUCCUGAAGCUAUACACCCAAACCCCAUUCUACAUACGAAAUUAGAAGAAGCUCGACAUCUUUCCAUUGUUGAUCAAGAUCUGGAGUACCUGUCUGAAGGCCUCGAAGGGCGUUCUUCAAACCCAGUUGCAGUGCUUUUUGAUACAUUGCUUCAUCCUGAUGCUGACUUUGGGUAUGACUACCCACCUGUUUUGCACUGGAAGCUAGAACAACAUAAUUAUAUUCCCCAUAUAGUGCUUGGUAAAGGACCACCUGGUGGGGCUUGGCAUUCCAUGGAAGGCUCUAUGCUAACAAUCAGUUUUGGAGACUGGAUGGAGUUGCCUGGCCUCACCUUUAAGGAGUGGGCAGCUAACAAACGCAGAAAUAUAAAGAGUGAUCGAGUAAUGCCAGAGGAGAUAGCUUGUUAUUAUAAACACUAUGUUAAAGUCAUGGGCCUCCAAAAGAAUUUCAGAGACAAUGUUUACAUCACAUCAGUAUCCAGGCUUUACCGAGGAAAGGAUGAUGAAGAUAGAAGUCAACUAAAUGAAAAUAUGUCAACACAGCAUUUGGAAAUGGAAGAUGGACAGAAAUCACUGAUUAAGAGAAAUUGGGAAGUGAGAGGUUAUCAGCGAGCAACGGAUGGUUCUCAUGUGCCCUUCUGCCUCUUUGCUGAGAAUGUGGCUCUGGCCACAGGAACCUUUGAUUCUCCUGGCCGACUUCAAGUUGAAGGAGAAGACUUUCCUUUUGUGCUUCAUUCCAUGUCUGACUUCGGAGCUGCUAUCAGCAAAGGAAAGUUACGUGGGAAGGCAGACCCCGUGUUAAUUGUGGGUGCUGGACUUACAGCAGCUGAUGCAGUACUGUGUGCCUACAACAACAACAUCCCAGUAAUCCAUGUGUUUCGUAGAAGAGUUACUGAUACAAGUCUAAUUUUCAAACAAUUACCUAAAAAGCUUUACCCAGAAUACCAUAAGGUCUAUCAUAUGAUGUGUACUCAGUCCCAUACGGUGGACUCCAGUCUACAUUCUGCUUACACAAGUUUCCCUGAACACAAUGUGCUUUCCUUCAAGCCUGAAAUGAAGUGUGUUCUUCAGAGUGCCUCCGGACUGAAGAAAAUUUUGAAGUUUUCUGUAGCCUUAGUUCUGAUAGGUUCUCACCCAAAUCUUUUCUUUCUAAAGGACCAAGGACAUAGCAUAGGUCAUCACUCUAACCAGCCCAUCACGUGCAAGGGGAAUCCUAUAGAGAUUGAUCCAUACACUUAUGAAUGCACUAAAGAAGCUAACCUCUUUGCUUUAGGUCCUCUGGUGGGAGACAACUUUGUACGGUUUUUAAAAGGAGGCGCACUGGGCAUUGCGCGAUGCUUGGCAAUAAGACAAAAGAAGAAACAUGAGUUGAUUGAAAGUGGGGAUGGAGGAGGUGAUGGGGUACCAUAAAUGAGACAUUAGAAACUUUCACAUACAGAAUUGCAGAUGUAGUCUAACAGAACACUCACUGACAGUGGAAGUUGAUAGCAGUCACAUUUCUGUUGUAUACAAGUAACCUGCGCUUGUAUUGCUUGGUAAAGGAUGCUGAUACUACAAUACUUCACCUUUUCAAAAUACAAAAAAUUGAUCUGCUAUUACAACUGAUCUCUACUUAACUGGCAUUACUUCCAGAUAAACAGAAAAUGAGACUAACUUAUAUUGACCUGCCUGUCAUCUCUUGCUCAGCUAAAAGAGCAGACUUCCUGUGGGAAAAGCAAUGCCUACCAGAGUGGCUUUACAUUUUAGUGUCAAACGUGACAAAAUAUUCUUACCAUGAAAUUAAAAUAACUUCUAAAAGCAGAAAGCUUGCAUAGUCCAAAGUGAUUCUUGGUCCCAAAGCAAAUUUGGAACCUUCUGCUUGAAAGAAAAAUUUUAUUUAUUUGCCAUAGUAAUACAGUAAUACUUGGAAUGAGCACUUAGUAAAAUGGUUUUUACUAUAAGAAGGAUUUCUUCUACAAUUUUAAAUUAUCCUAGUUGGUAACUGGAAUAAAAGAAUAAGCAUUCCCAUUUAAUCUUUAACGCAUGAUUUGACACAAUCCAUUAAUGUUUUUUCACUCUAUGCCUAUAGUUGGGGGAGUGCAGAAAGAUUUGAGAUGUUCCCCUACAGUGGUAUGUACAUUUCUGAGAAUACUCAUUAACAUAAACAAUAAAGUACUGAUGUAAGUGCUCUUAUUACAGUGUCAAUAUAAUGAAUAUCUAGUGUACUACUGAAAAAUUAAGUACAUAAGAAAAAUUAAGGGUUUUUUUGCUUCCUAGCUCAGGAAGACUGAAUGGGAUCACUUGACUGAUGAAGGUGGGUGAUAGAUAUCCUCAUCUCCCAUUUGAGCAAGUGUUGGUUAUUUCUCUUUUUUUCUAGAGCAGCACAUAACACUAAAACUACUUUAGCCUGCAGUUUCUGAAACUUGAAAAAGGGUUAUAUCUCACAGCCAGCUAAAAAACAAACAAACCAAACCCAAAACAAACAUGCCAUAGUUCCUAUAAAUCUUAAAGCUCGUUAUGAAAGACAAAGACUUAACUUGUACCUACCUCUGAAUUGAAGUUUCACCUUUCUGCUCCAUAAUGUGAGACCUAGAUUUCAUUUGCUGGGUUUUAGAGAAGUUAGUUUACCUAAACACACUCAUGGGUUUUUCACCAUAGUGAGGCAAGCAACAGCUUGUUCGAAAACUUACUUUAUAUUCCAGAACUCUCAAUAGACAAAAAGUGCUUGGUUUUAACUGAUUUGUUACCAAACAUUUUACUUCAGGUCCAAUGCGAUGGAAUAGAUGUUAUUUAUUUUUUUGUUGAGGGCUUUUUGUGUUGAAGAAUUUCAUGUUAGUUUAAGGUAUUGUAUUUGCAUGAUUAAAAUCUCCGUAUUAUAACUUGAACAGAUUUUAAAAAGGAAAUUAGGCUUAGACUUUUGUGAAACUGCUAGUGCUUGCUGGUUUCCCAGCUGUCUAACUUUCAUAAGUUGUAGAUACCAAUAUGCAAUAAAUGCCUGUUUUUCUGUGCCUACUGAAUUAUGGGGUUCUGUGGCUGCUGCAGCCCUUUAUGCAUCUGAGUAAGUUACUCAGACUUUGGACAUACAAGUUGAAAAGGUAAAGUAUGCAAGGACUGAAAUGACUAUUUUCAAAGGAAGUCCAAAGUAAUUUAUGAAAUGAUGCUACUACUAAUAAUAAAUUUUAGUUUAGAGCCAACUUAAUAGCAUAAAAAUGAACACAAAUGAAGCAACAUUUAUAUUAAUUUCCACAUUGCCUCCAUGGUUGGAUUUAACAAUGCAUUGUCAAUAGUAGUUAAGAUACUUUUUAUACUGAUAUUUGAGCUGGUUUUAAUUAUGCUAAAUUCUAGGCUUAUUCAUAAUUGAAUUGAGAUUCUAUAAUUUGCUGCCUUUGGCCGAAACUGUGUUAUAUAUAAAUCUAUCCUAAACCUGUGAUAGCUGAUAAUUUUAACUGAAAAUCAGUUUUGUAAGUGCUGAAUACUUGAUUAUAGAACUUCAUUGCAGUUAAUAUAUUGGGAAUACAUCUGUGCUGUUAUUAAAUUCCUUGAGUUUUGUGUCGAGAUAAAUGUCUGAAUACAACGUAUCAUAGCAUGUUACCACUUUUUCAUUUGUCAUGUGAAACCAUCAAAACAAAGGAGGCCAUUUACUUACACUUAUUUUGGAAAAAGGGGAAAAAAGCUUCAAACAGCCAAAUCUCUAGCUUCAGCUGCUGCAGCUACUUAAAAGCUGUGUGUGUUGUAGUGAAAAAUUUGUAGCAGAGAUUUCUGUCCUGUUACUGCAGUAAAAGAUAAUUCUGUACUAUUACAGUACCUUGGGGUUUAACUGUCUUUUUUUAUUUUUCCUUUUAUCUUGCAUGUAUUUUUGGAUUAAAAAGUUGCAUGUGAGAAGCCCUUAGCUGGGCAGAGAA